GCGGGUGGAUUCCGGCCUCGGUCCCGCGCCAGCCCGUCUGAACGUCACCGUGUAGGCAGACGCCUGCCUUCUGGGUGAGUGCAGCCGGUUUCUGCCGGCCGGGCAGGUGCCGUGCGGUGUGCAGACGCGCGGCCUGUGCGGGGGCCGAGCUUACGGCCGCAGUCGCCCUGCGUCCCGAGGUGGCCGAGCCUCCCCCUCCUGGAUGCUGCCGAGAGACUUACAGUCAGCCGUACCCCGUCUCCUCCCGGUCCUGAUCCCGGAGCCACAACUGCUGUGUCCGCUGUCCCGUUGCCUAGCAGUGACAGUCCUAGCUCUCAGAGCAGCCUGACGUGUGCUGGGGCAUCCCCCGGCCUCCAUCUUUACCUGCAAGUCUCUUAGGUGUGUUGGCUUCUGUUGGACAGUGCACAGUAGUUGCACACACUUUGACUGCGGAGACAGUCUGUCCACCUCGGAUGGCCAGUUAAGAGUGACCAAAGUAAGGACUCCACCACGGUCCAUCUUGCUGAUCCCGUGAGUUUAUUGGAUUUACUCAUCCAGAGAGGAUGGAUGGCCCCACCAAGGCCCACCCCAUGAUGGAUGCUGACCUCGUGGAGAGCCACAUACAGUUAACUCUCCAUUUCACGCACACUCUAGAUCAUUAGCAAGCUGCGAUUCCAAGGUACUCCAUGUGCCUUAGAGAGCGAGGAAAAUGAGCACAGCUGUGGGGCUGGUGUCAUUUGAGGAUGUAUCUGUGGACUUCUCCUGGGAGGAGUGGCAGGACCUGGAUGCUGCUCAGAGGAAGCUCUACAGGGAUGUGAUGCUGGAGACCUACAGCAGCCUGGCGUCCUUGAAUCAAUGUGAUAGCAAACCUGAGUUGAUCCUGAAGUUAGAGCAAGGAGCUGGGCCAUGGAAGGAAGAAGAUGCCCCAAGCCAAAGCCUCCCAGCUAUGCAGUAUGUGAAGAGCCUGAAUGAGACCAGAUGGGCCAAUGAAAAGAGACAUUUGAACCACCUGGUAAUCACUGGCAGCUCAUCUGCUGAGGAGAGGGUCAGCUUUGGGAAAAUAGUUAAUAGGAGUUCCAACCCUGUUUUACGCCUGGCUGUUAAGAAUAGGAACUCUUCUAGAAUGAGAUCUGAGGUCCUUGAUAUAUGUGAAAAUGUGUAUCUCCCUGAUGAGUCCGUUGAGAUACAGGCUACAGAAGAACUUGAUCAUCUUACUACAACCAAGAUGUCAUGCAGACCCGCCGAGCCUCUUAGUCUAGAUCACAGUGUCGAGAGUGGGCAGCAGCCCCUCCAGUGCACGCAACACGACAAAGCCUUCCACUCAAACACUGUGUGGACACAUGAAGCGUUUCCUUCGGGAGAUGGCUCGAGGCAGUUCAAGGAAUGUGGGAAAGCCUUUGAUAAGUUGGCUCUCAGUGCCCAAAAGGAGACUCAGAUAAGGGAAGAAACUUCUGAUUGUGACAUGUGUAAGCAAUCAUUCUCUGACAGGUGUAACCACAUUCGGCAUUUAAAAACAUGCAUAAAAAACAAAUAUGUUGAGUGUAGUGAUGAUGAGCCAACAUUGAACACAAAAGCAAGCCUGCUAACUCUGCAGAGCACUCUGCAUGUGUGGGAAAAGUCCUGUGGGUGUGAUGACCGUGAAAAAUGUGUGUGUCAGAUGCCAUCACAGAGGGCUAGUCAGAGUAAAGAGAGCAGUUGUGUGAAAAAAUUUUGCCCUAACUCAAAUUUCAAUGUGCACCAGAGACCACACACAGGUAAAAAGCCCCAUGAAUGUAAUACAUCUUCAAAACUCAACAACCAACAUCGGAGACAUCACAGAUGUGGGAGAACCUAUCAGUGUAAAGUAUGUGGGAAAGCCUUUAAACACACACAAAACCUCUAUUUACACCACAGAACUCACACUGGUGAGAAGCCCUACGAGUGUAAAGAGUGUAAGAAGCUGUUCAGUGUGAAGUCCAAUCUCAGUGUCCAUCAGAAAACUCACACAGGCGAGAAGCCCUAUGAGUGUGACAUCUGUGGGAAUGCCUUUAAGAGGAGGUGUGACCUGACUAUACAUCAGAGAGUUCACACAGGUGAGAAGCCCUAUGAAUGUAAAGAGUGCAGGAAAACUUUCAGUAUAAAGUCAGGCCUCAUUGUACAUCAGAGAAUUCAUACAGGCGAGAAACCAUAUGAGUGUAAUGUAUGUGGAAAACGUUUUAACCAGAAGUCAAACCUCUCCACACACGAGAGAAUUCAUACAGGUGAGAAACCCUUUGAAUGUAAAGAAUGUAGGAAAUCAUUUAGUGUCAAGUCAUACCUCACUAUACAUCAAAAAACUCACUCGGGUGAGAAGCCUCAUGCAUGAGAUCUGGCCUUGUAUGAGAAGACAAACCUCCAUGGACAUCAGAGAGCUUACACAGGUGAGGAAUCUGUGAACAUAGAGGGUGUGGAAAAAGUUUGUCAUCUCUCCAUGUACCUCAGAAUUCAGAUCCUGUGGAUGUAAACGUUGCAGAGAACCUGUCAGGCUUAAGUCAUAUCUCAGUUAGUGAACUCAAAACUGAGAAUGAGAUAAGUUCAGUAGAGUUCUGCCAGAUGUCAAACCUUAGUUAUUGAGGAAAUCCUACAGCUGAGAUCCUUGGACUGUGAAGUCUGUGGAGGCUUCACAUGGAUAGAAACCCUAUGAGUGUAGCCUUGUGGAAAGCCCUUUAGUCAGAAGUUCCACCUCUGAGAAUCUCAGUGAGUUCACCCGGGCGAGAGCCUGCGACUGUGAGAGUGUAGGAAAGCCUCUCAGACCUUUGUCACCUCUCCCUGUGUACUGCAGAAUUCAGAGCUGAGUUACUGGACAGUGUAAUCUAAACUGGUCACCUGCCACAUGCAAACCUAAAUACACGCCAGAGAAGUCUCCCAGCUGAGAGGCCUUAGGAGUGUAAGGACCAGGAAACAUUUCCAGCAGAUGUGUAUCAGAGUAGAAAAGCUCUGCAGAUGGAAAGGGAGAAAGUUUCAAUAGCAGAUACAGCUCAGUACACGCCAAACACACACAGCUGAGUAACUUGGAAUGCUGUGUGUGUGGAGAAACCUUUUCAGAGCUCACAGUCACCAGGUGAGGGGCUCUGUGAUUGUGAGGACUCCUCCAGCUGUGAGACACCCUUUACUGUAUACCAAAGAAGACACAUGGGAUAAGCCAUACCAAUUUAAUGUGUGAGUAAAAACUUGGUUCUGUAAGACAGACAUCUGCCUCAAAUAGACAGCAGAAGCAAAACUCUGAAUACAAAAGCCGGGGAGGAGGGGCAGACCUGUGAAUAUAAAGAAUGUAGAAAAUACUUCAUAUUCUUGGGUUGUGUGCGAGAGCUCACAUAGGUAACCAUGUUCCCACAUAAGUCAACAGAUGUGUGUGCAUCUGAAACAAUGACCCCCUCAACACUCCUGAGAAGGCACAAGAGUGUGAGAUAUGUGGAAACACUGGAGAGCUCCCGGGCGGUAAGUGAUGAGGGUAACGUAUGUGGACAGCCCUUUUGCAGGAAGUUGGCCUCCACAUUGAGAGGGAGUUGUUGACGUGUGGAAAGGCAUCUCUAGAAUGGUCAUGGAUGUGGAAAUUGUCACUGUGAGAAGUUCUAUAAGCAGAGGGCUCGUGUGCUGAGAUUGGCUUUCUGGUCCUGGGACUGGCAGCCUGUGUGUGUAGUGUCAUGGAGAGACCAUGUCCUGAGUUACGGGAGUUUAAACUCAUUUCUUUCCAACCUUAUCCCCCAAUUGCAAUACAUUAGCCCUGGAUUUGUACUCGUGGCCAGAAAGGCAGAUGAGCUUAUCUUUGGCAACAAGGGAGUAUAGAGGAUGACGCUGAUUUAAGGACAUGUUUUAUUGGAGAGAGCAGAGGUUUUAUAUGUGUUUGUAAAUCUCUUGUUUGUAUGAAUGAUAAAACUUUCUACAAGAGCUUUUUGAAACAUAAUGCAAAAUCAUUGUAACCCAUUUUACAAGCAUUUCAGCCAGGAAAGAGAGCCCUUCUUGUCACCCGUGUAUUUUCAAGUCAUUUUGUGGAGAAAAAGAAACAUGAAAUUUCAAUAAAUUCUAAAUGCCUUACCUGAGCACCAGCAUUGCAUUGAGGAGAUACUAAAGGUUG